AUGACCCUCCGCACAGUUGAUUUCUCAGGCUUCCUGCAUGGCACCGAAGAGCAGAGGCGGCAGGUUGCCGCCGAGCUCGUAGAUUGUUUAAAAUCAUUAGGCUUCGUGCGGUUGAUCAACCAUGAGGUGCCGGAGAAAACCAUAGAGGGUCUCCUCGAACAGUCAAAGCGGUUCUUCACGUUACCGACAAGCGAAAAAGUCAAGAUCGCAAACGAUCCGGGUCCACAUCCGCAGCGAGGCUGGAGCCGCAUAGGAAUGGAGCAAACUGCCAAGCUUCGCGAGGAGAAUCUUGCCGAAGCGGCUGGCCGCGAACAAUACCCAAACAAAUGGCCAGAAAGCAUGCCCGACUUCCAACCAUUUGUACAGGAAAGCUACCAAAUCUGCCAACGCACCUGCUUCCAAAUUAUAUCCGCCAUCGAGCUCGGCCUCGGCCUCCAAGCAGGCCGCUUGACACAAUGUUGCCAGCCGGCUGCCAGUGAAAUCCGUCUUCUGUACUAUCCACCCACCACAAAGAAUCUCUUCGACGAGGGGCUCAAGAAGCGUGCCUGGCCACACACCGAUUUAGGUAUCAUAACGCUCCUGUUCCAGGAUAUGGUGGGCGGGCUGGAAGUCGAAGACCGGGCCGCAGGCAAACCCAGAUCUUUUAUUCCUGUCAAGCGAGUAUCGCCGAAUGAGAUGAUUGUCAACACGUCAGAUUCGCUCCAGCGGUGGACAAACAAUGUUAUACGGGCUGGGUUGCACCAGGUCACUGCGCCAGAUGCUGCGAAGCUGUCGAAUGGGGUUGAUAUGCUUCCGGCUCGCUGUUCGAGUGUUUUUUUCUUUAAGGCUGGGCGGGAUACGUCGGUUGGACCACUUCCUGAGUUUGUUACUGAGGACCGGCCCGCGGCAUUUGAGGAUAUGACGGCGCUACAGUAUCAGCAGCUCAAAACACGUAUUCUGCAUGGUGUGGAGGGGUGA